AUGGCACUAUUGUCACAUUUGCUGGUAAUGGUCAAUCAGGUCAUAUUGGAGAUGGUGGUCAAGCAAUAAGUGCUGCCUUAUCUCAAGCUUAUGGUGUUAGAGUUGUUAAUGAUGAAGUUUACAUUUCAGAUAGUAAUAAUUUCAAAGUUAGAAAGAUUGAUGUUAGUGGAGUUAUUACAACAAUUGCUGGUACUGGUGCUGGACCAUUCAAUGGUGACAAUAUUUUGGCCACUGCUGCCAAUUUGAAUCAUCCAACUGAUGUUGCAUUCCUCUCAAAUGGUGAAAUGUUGAUUGCUGAUACUGACAAUAACAGAGUCAGAAUGGUUUUAACCAAUGGUACUAUUGUCUCAAUUGCCGGUAAUGGUACUGCCUCUUUCUCUGAUGGUAGAAUUGCCACCUCAAGAGGAUUAUCUCUUCCAACUGGUAUUUUGGUUGUUUCAGAUGUUGAAAUUUAUAUUGCUGAUGCUAAAAAUGGUAGAAUUAGAUUACUCUCCACCAAGCAAACCGUGUGUUAUGAUGUAGACGCUAGUGAAAAUUCUGCUUGUAAUGGAAAUGGAUUAUGUUUUGAUACUGACACUUGUGUUUGUCAACAAGGAUGGUCUGGCGCAAACUGUAACAUUACUUCAUGCUCUGGUGUUUCUUCAAAUGAUAAUUCUGUUUGUAGUGGACAUGGUUCUUGUGUCAAUACUGAAACUUGUGUUUGCAAACAAGGAUGGUAUAGUGCAAACUGUAAUGUCACUUCAUGUUUUGGUGUUGCUUCAAAUGAUAGCUCUGUUUGUGGAGGUCACGGUUCUUGUUUAUCUUUGGAUCAAUGUUCAUGCACUGGUUUAUGGACUGGUUCUAAUUGUAAUGUUACAUCUGGCAAUUCCAACAACGAAGCUGCAACCUAUAUAUACGGAAUUAGUACAUUUGCUGGUGGAAAUGGAGAAUUUGUUGAUCCACAAAAGAUUGCAAGAUUGUCCAAUGGUGACCUUAUUGUUUCUGAUGCAACAGGACAUGCUAUUAAGAAGAUUUCCAAGAUCA